GAGGAUCAGUUUCUUCCCUGCUCUUUGUCCUGUCGUUGCCGCUUUAAUUAAGGGGCGUGGAUUUAGCGGUGUCUAGGGGCGUGUCUGAAUCUCCAUAGUAACUGCUGUGUUUACCUGGAUUCGGGACCCGGAAGCAGCAGAAAGAGCGCCCCCUCCUGGAGUCUGCCAUGCUGCAGCCAACCAGUGAUCAGGAUAGCGGUUAUGGGGAACUUCUGGAGCCUCCUCCAUCGCUGUGGAAAUUGGUGGAGGAUCAGGUGCCCUGUAGUGAGCGAGAUGAGAUCAAGAGGAUUCUGGGAGAAGGAGCUGUCGACCUCAGCCUGGAUUUACAUGCAGAGAUUUCGGUUCUCCUGGAUCUAUGGAGAGACGUCCGCUCCACCUCUCUGUCCGCCGUCCAGAUCCCCCAGUCCGGCUGCUCCAUCCUGGCCGACCCCCCGGUGAUAAAGGACAUGGUGACCCAGGAGAUCCGCAUGCUGCUCCUCAGUGUGAGGAUGAAGGCUCGGCACCAGGGACUGGAUGAGGAUCUGGCCAUGUCUAAAUACAACCCCCGGGUCCUGAACUUUGUGAUGGGGAUGAGGCAGCCGGAGAGCAGAGCCAGAUCCAGAGCAAGUGGAUGGAGUCGCCCAUCAUCAGGGUACAGAGAAGCAGAGGAAAGACCCUUCUCCUCUCUCUCCACCGGCUCCAGUAUAGAGGACGACCUGGAGAAGCUUAAGGACAAACUGCAAAUCUGUCACAUUAAUGAAGUCAUCCAUCACCUCCGAUCUUUAUUGGAUGAUGAAUGUCGGACUCUAGAAAAAGACAUAAAGAUCCUGCAGGAUCGUCUGGAGGAGGAGCAUCAGGACAUGGAGGAGGAGCUUCAGGCGGAGCCUUCACUCACAGAGCUGAAGGAGGAACGAAGAAUCCUGGAGAGAGACCUGAAGCUCCACCAGUACCCAGCAGCCUCUCUACCCACAUCCAAGAUGGCGUCCAGAAGACCGAACCCCCCCAGGUCGCUGGAUCUUGGAAGGCGAGGAGGAGACGCUGAGCGUAGACAUUUACCGGAUGUACCGCAGCGUGCCCCCCACAUGACUCCAUGCCCCCCGGAUCCAAAGAUGAAGAGUCCUGAGGGAAGGAGAGUGGGAAAAGGCCUCACAGGGCCCAGGGCCCUAUCCUGUGAUGCUACAUCUUCACUUAGGGGUUCUGAGGAGCCAGGACAGAGCGCCCCCCAGAGACUAGAGCGGGCAUCUGUGUGUGACUGGAUGAAGGGUCCAGAACGUGGUGUCCCAUCUCAUAGAACAGCGCUCCCCAAUGAUGAGGCGACUGCCCCUAGACCAUUGGUGACCCCUGUAUCUGCGCUGCUUGUACCAUUACCCCCCAAAGUACAGAGACCACCCGGCAGCCCUGGCCCAGCUCCAUCCUUCCGCAGAGUGAGGACUAAGGUGGCAAAUCUGCCCCCCUGAGAGGGUAUUGGGGGCAGAAAGGACCAGACUGUUUGGUAAACUCAUCAUGUUUGGGGGCGCACCUCACCUUAUAAUGUUUUGGGUCACCGGGCAGACUCCUUGGAAAGCUGCUUGAGCCGCGUGGUGAAAUUAGAACGUGAUGAAGAUUUAUGGGUCACAUGAGGCGCGGAUGGAUCCAAGGGGUCACUAUUCACCACGACUGACCCGGUGUAAACAAGAAGCAGAGACUUAUAUACAUUUAUAGGAAACAAACCGUCAGGGGUUAAAGGUCUAAAGGAAAGGAGGGGGGCUCCAGGCUGGGGGUCACCAUGACCUCACUACUUCAAUAUUACGACCUUUGACUUUUUAGAUCUAUAAAUGUUGGUUGAUGGGACUGGAAUAAGACAAGAAGAGGAAUCUUUUGGCAGCGUUGGGGCCUCCUUCUUACCAAUUCCUUGUUAGAUCAGGGUCACAUCCCUGUGUAAUACACCCCCCAAACUACAGGUCCCUGAGAGCAGACGAAUAUGUCCUUCUUUAUCAGGGUCUUAAAAUAUGGAGACAAAUCACCUUGCAACCACCAUCACUGCUGACAGUUUUCUUCCUCCUUCCCUUUACUAUCAUUUUCCUGUUGCCCUUCUUCCCUUUAUCACUUUCCUUUUUGCCCUUCUUCCCUUUAUCACUUUCCUUUUACCCUUCUUCCUUUUAUCACUUUCCCGUUUGCCCUUCUUCUCUUUAUCACUUUCCUUUUUGCCCUUCUUCCCUUUAUCACUUUCCUUUUACCCUUCCUCCUUUUAUCACUUUCCUGUUUGCCCUUCUUCCCUUUAUCACUUUCCUUUUACCCUUCCUCCUUUUAUCACUUUCCAUUUUGCCCUUC